AUGUCAACCAGUGAGAGCGCUGAUCUGAGCAGCUGGACAGAGGCCACGCCCACAAACAUGACCUGUGUGGAGAAGGAUUUGUCGGUGACCGCUUCGGUUGUCUCCAUGACCGUCGGUAUCCUGUCCAACAGCCUGGCCUUCUUCAUCCUGCUCAAAUCCUCCAAACGCAUGCCACCGAAAUCCAAGGCGCCCUUCUCUGUGUUCGCCACCAGCCUGGUGGUCACGGACCUGCUGGGCCACCUGGUCAAUGGCUCCGUGGUGCUUCACGUCUACAGCUUGCGCAAGCAUUGGGAAACGUUCGACCCCCACGGGAGAGUGUGCAACCUCUUUGGCGCGACCUUGGUCUUCUUCGGUCUGAGCCCCUUGUUCCUGGGGAGCACCAUGGCGAUAGAGCGCUGCAUCGGGGUCACCAAGCCCUUUUACCACUCCACUGGGUUAGCCUUCCGCCACACGAAUAAACUGCUGUCUGUCAUCUGGCUCCUGGCCGCCCUGGUGGCUGCGCUGCCGGUGGUGCUUAGGAAGUCCUACAGGUUGCAGAGCUCCAGGAGCUGGUGCUUUUACAAUUUGGACAAGCCCGAUGACAGGCUGGAUGUGUUCCUGCCUCUGCUCUUCGCCCUGUUGGGCUUGCUGGCCCUGCUCCUCUCUAUCAUUUGCAAUACCGUGACCAGCUGCUUUCUGCUGUUGUCCACUAUCCACCGCAAGCAUCACAGCAGAGGAACAUCUUACCACAUUGAGAUGAUCUGUCAGUUGAUGGCCAUCAUGCUGGUUUCCUGUGUUUGCUGGGGGCCUUUACUGACCCGCGUCAUCCUUCUCACCUCCAAAGACGAUGAUGACCCAGCAUCUGACAAACUUCUGUUUCUGGUGCGCAUAGCCACGUGGAACCAGAUCCUGGACCCUUGGGUCUACAUCCUGCUGAGGAAGGCCGUUCUGAAGAAACUCUAUCACAUGUUGCAACGAUGCUUCAGGUCCAAGUCCAGGGAGCCUGUGCGCUGGAAGCACAGCUUCCUGCGAAGCUCUGGAUCCAGCCACUCCAAGUUCGGCCCACCCGCGUGCCUCUUUGACGGCUUAGUAGUGCAAAACACUCGCAUCAGUUUGUCUGACGACUCUAAGACCGAAUUGUUUCACGUGGUGCUAUCUGUGUGGAAGAAAGGCUGA